AUGGGGCUGGACGGGCCCCUGAUGCUGGUACAAUUGUUCCCCGAGGAUCGUCCAGGCAGCGUCGCCACCUGGUGGCCGAAGGGAGAAUUGCAGGCGGGUUCCAGGCGCGCCCCCGGGGCAGGGGCAGGCGAGGCCACAGCUGCCAUGGCUGCUGCAGGGGGGCCAGGUGCCCGGCGGGGCCCUUUUGCCCUGGGCGCAGCCGCUCGGCGCUCGCUGGACAAGGCCCUGCAGGGGCUGGAGAAGUUGCAGCGGCUGGUGGAGCAGCCGGGGCUGGGGCUGAGGAACAGCCCCCCCAGCCUGCUCCAGCUCCUGCCCCAGAUGCGCCAGCACCUGCUGCUGAUUCGGGGCCAGCCCGGGGCCAGCCUGAGCCGCCUCUGGGAGGCCGGCUACUUCCCUGUCUACAUCAACAACCUGCAGCGCAAGGUCAAGCAGGCCACCAAGCUCUUCAAGGGAGACCCGGAUGGAAUUUUCCAGGAGGGGUCGGCCUCCAGGAGGAAGCUGACCAAGCUGUCGCUGAUCUUCAGCCACAUGCUGGGGGAGCUCCGAGCCCUGAUCCCCGACGGGCAGGACCAGGGGCACCAGUACCGGCCCAGCCAGCCGCCCGCCGAGGCCUUCUGGAGAGGGACAUGGGGGGCACGGAGCCUGGUGUCAUGGAGCGAGUUCCAGGCGGGGCUGCAGCGGGUUCACCCCGUGGCACCCGGCCCCAUGGCCGCGGCCCUGAGAGCCACCAUGGACCUGACCUGCAGCGACCACGUGUCCAUCUUCGAGUUCGACAUCUUCACCCGCCUCUUCCAGCCCUGGCCCACGCUGCUGAAGAACUGGACGCACCUGGCAGUGACGCACCCGGGCUACGUGGCCUUCCUGACCUACGACGAAGUGAGGGCGCGGCUGCAAACCUAUUCCAACAAGCCGGGCAGCUACGUGUUUCGGCUCAGCUGCACGCGGCUGGGGCAGUGGGCCAUCGGCUACGUGAGCCGGGACGGCAGCAUCCUGCAGACCAUCCCCCAGGACAGACCCCUCUUCCAGGCGCUGAUCGAGGGGCACAAGGAGGGCUUUUACCUGUAUCCAGAUGGGAAGAACGUGAAUCCGGACCUGACGGAGCUGACAGAACCGACGCCUCAGAACCGGAUCGAGGUCUCACCGGACCAAGCCCAGCUCUACUCCCAGAUGGGAUCCACUUUCCAGCUCUGUAAAAUCUGCGCCGAGAACGACAAGGACGUUCGGCUCCAGCCAUGCGGGCACCUGCUGUGCAGGGACUGCCUGAACGCCUGGCAGCAAGUGCAGGCCCCGACCUGCCCCUUCUGCCGCCGGGAGAUCCAGGGGCACGAGGUGAUUCGCAUCGACCCCGUCGGCGGGCAGGGGGCCGGGGCAGCUCCGGACGAGGACAACGACGACCUGGAGGACGUGGAGUCGGUGCUGCGGGAGCUGGCGGCCCUGAGGAAGGCGCACCCCUGUGAACACCCCCCUGACCUCUGGGUUUCUCUGCUAGCCAAGGACAGCAAGGAUGAGCAGGUAAAACAGAACCCAGGAGUCCUGAUGCUCUUUUUCCAGCUGCGCCUGCUGCUCCCCAGCUGCGCCCGCUGCUCCAAGCCUGUUGUGCUGAUGCGGCGCUAA